AUGCGUUUGAAAGUCUUGCUCUUCGGGCCCAUGAUCGCCGUUGGUUGGGCAGGCGAGACUCUGCUGAAUUUGACGUCCUGCUUGUCUCAUUACCCAAGCAUCAAAACAUUUACUUCGAUUCUGACUCGGUACCCUCAGGCUUGGGAUACGGCCAACGUCGGAAACGUGAACCACAGGCUGACGAGCUGCAUUGAUCAAGUCUUGAUUCCCUCGGACGACGCGGUUUCUGAAUACCUCAGUUCCGAGGGCUUUGGUGGAGACACCGACGCCUUUACCGAAGCGUUGGUGACUUAUCACCUUCUGCAGGGGACACAUAGCAUGAUCGAGAUCCAAGAGUCAACGAAGUUCAUUCCAACUUUCCUCACAAACACCAGUUAUGAGAAUGUCACUGGCGGACAGAGGGUCGAGGCUCGGUCUUCUGGAGACGACAUAUAUUUCUUGUCGUGUAAUAGAACCCGGUCCAAUGUGAUCCACGCUGUGCACAUGAAACACCUGCCACUUCACAGAAGAGCCUUUCAACUAAUUCAAGUCCAGGACAUAUAUUACUUCGGAGCCAAUUACACAUACAACGGAAUCAUACACAUCAUUGACAACGUCUUGGACAUUCCCGAGGAUUAUGGCGAUGUUGUUUCAGAGGCCUCACUCCAUGGCCUCGUCCAAGUCCUCAGUCAGACACCGCCAUCAGAACGCUUGAAUACUAUAAUUGCGGAGAAAGGUGAUUGGACAUUCUUCGGCCCAAACAGCAGCACGAUCCACACCGAAGGCAUGACUGCACAAGAUAUCUACGACCUCCAAGCCUACCAUUUCUUGGAAGAAGUCAGAUACUCGACCGACCUCACCAAUGGCACUCAGUUUCAAACUCUGCAAGGCAAGAACGUCGCGAUAACCGUGGACGGUGACGGCACAAUCUAUGUCAACGCCGCCAAGAUCAUUGACCCUGACUACCUCUGGGCUAAGGGGGUCGUCCACCUUAUUGAGACGGCGAUGGAUCCCAACGACACGUCCGCAAGACCUGCUCUUGACAACGCAACCGGACCUCCUCCACCACCGGCUUCCUCAGCAUCGGGCCUCAGCACGGGAGCCCAAGUCGGCAUUGGAAUUGGCGCCUCAGUCGGCGGCUUGGUGCUUGUAGCGGCUGUGUGGCUUCUGCUACGUCGACACCGGCGCAAGUCCCAACGGACCCGACGCGUGGGAGAGGUGCAACAGUUGGAUUCUCGCGAGAAAGGUGGUAGGCCUAAAGAACUUGAGGCAAAGGACAUUUACCCAGAACUGCCCGGACCAGGCCAGGAAGACAUUCGCCAUGAAAUGGACAGUACGGAGCGGUCGACAACAGUCCAUGAGCUGGAUUAACGGAAACAUCAAACAUCAAACAUCAAACAUAUCGAACCCAUCGAACCAUAUCGAACGAUCGGUAUACCAGCGAUACUCGGACGCACCAUGGGGGAUGACCGGCAGCUAUGAAUCGUUGCAGGUCCCGACAGGACGCAGACCAGGGGUUCUUGAGGCUAACAAGGAGCAAGGCAGAUAUCCUGUGCCAUGAGUAAUUAGGCCGCACCGAGGAAGGGAGUCAGGAACGGGUCAUGACACACGCAUGUGCUCAGUCAUCAGGACGAGAAGUAUGAGAGGGGGAGAAAUGGUACGGGAUGAGAGGGAGAGAAAUGGUACAUCGACUGAGCUUUGCCUAUACAAAUAUUCAUAAGAAGAGCGUGGAAAUGAUGUAGAGAGCUUUGGGAAGAAA